AUGGCAAAAAUCAAGUCUGUCGAGUAUUUUCGUGUCAAACCUCGAUGGCUGAUGGUCAAAAUCUGCGAUGAGGUAGGAGGGUAUGGCUGGGGUGAAGCUACCCUAGAAGGCCACGACCUGGCUGUUGAGGGAGCACUAGACGAGAUGAUUGUCCGGCUGAUUGGACUAGAAGCAAACAACAUUGAACACAUAUGGCAGUUGUUUUGGAGACAUGGCUUUUACCGUGGAGGCCCUGUCUUCAUGUCGGCGCUUUCCGGAAUCGAUAUUGCUCUCUGGGAUCUGAAGGGUCGGUCUUUAGGGGUUCCAGUUUAUGAGCUUCUCGGCGGCCAGGUGCGCCAAAAGGUUCAAGUGUACGCCUGGAUUGGAGGAGACAGACCAAGCGACGUUGAAGUAGCUGCAAAAGCUCGCAUCGCACAGGGCCUGAAGUGCGUCAAGAUGAACGCUACUGAAGACGUAAACUGGGUGGACUCUCCAGAAGUCCUCGAUGCCACGGUAGAACGCCUCAAGGCAGUCAAGGCCCUCGGCCUCGAUGCUGGGUUGGACUUCCACGGCAGACUGCACAAGCCCAUGGCCAAGCAGCUCGCAAAGGCCCUGGAGCCAUACAAGCCCCUCUUCAUCGAGGAGCCGCUUCUCUGCGAGCAUCCGGAAGCUAUCAAGAAGCUCUCGGACCAGACAACCAUUCCUAUUGCGUUCGGAGAACGUCUCUACACACGCUGGGAUGUGAAGCGGUUCCUGGAAGAUGCUUCAGUGGAUAUCUUACAGCCGGAUAUUGCUCAUGCGGGUGGAAUCUCGGAAACAAAGAAAAUCGCCAACCUGGCUGAAGCUUAUGAUGUGGCGAUUGCACCGCAUUGUCCUCUGGGACCUGUUGCCUUUGCCGCAUCUUUGCACAUCGCCUUGUCAACUUCGAAUUUUGCCAUCCUUGAGAUGAGCCUGGGCAUGCAUUAUAAUACUGAGGCGGGUGAUAUUGACUUACUCACGUACUUGAAAGACCAAAGUGUCUUUGAUAUCGAAGAUGGAUAUGUUAAGGCUCCGACGGGAGUAGGGUUGGGUAUUGAGGUUGACGAGGACUUGGUUCGAAAGAUCGCAGCGGAAACAGCACCGUGGCAAUGUAAGGAGUUCUUUGGUCCGGAUGGAGGAAUCCGAGAAUGGUAG